UUCAUGUCAACAUUGUGUUCUACAAUGGAAAUAUCAUGCAGGAAAUACAUGGGGAAAAGAUCAAAAAGGAAGAAAAUGUUUAGGUUGUGCUGAUCAACAAGAAGAAUUUUAUAAUUGUGCAGAUAUUGCAAUUGUUGAACGAUCAGGAAAUGAAUUGAGUACACCAGUUAAUAAGGAUAAUAGCACAAUAGCGAGUGAUAGGUUUAUACUUGAAUAUUUAAUAAAAACACAACAUUGUAAAUAA